AUGUCGGCCCAAGUCGCACCCACCAUUCCUCCACGCCCAACCCGCUCCGCCCAACAAGCUGCUGCUCAGGGUGUCAGCAAGCUACCCGAUAUCCCUCCACGACCUAUCAACAAGCGUAUCGACCGUUCUGUCUCUCCUGCCAACUACCCUCGUUCUCCGCUCAAUGAGCCAUGGAACACAAACCUCAGCCGCCGGAGAAGUAAUGACCAGACAAAUGUCGAAGCUUUACCUCGCCCACCAAGCGUUCAGAAUCUCCCCUCCCUCGGACAGGAAGGCAAUGAAUAUGGCGACAUUCUGUCCAUGCAAACCAGCCAACAGCCACCAUCUUCCUCUUUGGGUGCGGAUGCCGCCGCUCAAACUCGGAAUAUCGGCCAGGAUCUUCAUUUGCAUGCUCCAAAGCCAUCGCUGCCCAAAUCCAGCGCCACUGCUCAAGUUCAAGCUGUGACCAGAACUGAUUCCCAACAAGCGGCCUACCAUGGCCUCGGCAAGCCUCCCACACCAGCCCAAGAGGAAGGCGACUCUCUCCAUACAGUGAGAACCAGAAAUAGCUUUUCCAGACCCGGUUCCACCGUCGAAGGUGGCGGCCGCCGUUCUUCUGUUUAUGGCGGAGAAGAAACCGGUCCUGCUGAGAUUGGUCUUCGAGUACCCAUCAAUCCCCUACUCGGAGAUGUCCAAGCUCCUUCUCCAGCUCCUCACAGCCCGCACAAUACCGGAGGCAAUGGAGAAAAGAGAAGACCUCACCAUUCCAGAACAAAAAGUGGUCGCGAGAUCUUUGCCCCACCUGGCAGCUAUGGGCUCCACGGUCACGGUCUCCCUCCACAGGACAAGUUCGAAAAGGACUGGUAUGCCAAACACCCCGACGUGGCCCAACAUGAGGAAACACACGGUCAUGGCGUGUAUGAGAGCAUCGGCAGUGGACGCGGUAGCUUCGCUUUGAGCAGUGAUGACUUGAACAAGAUCGUCCGUAACACCGCGAGCCGUGGUGCUGGAUUCGGUACUUCCGGCAACACUUUCUCCUACCCGGAUGAACAGAUUGGAUAUACAGCCUCCGAAUUCUAUACUACACGAUCGCAGCAGAACACCCCAAAUAGUCUUGCAAAGACUAUCACAAACACAUCCCAGCCCGCAGCUGAGUCGCCAUUGAGAAAAUCUAGUUUCCCUGCUGAUGAGACUGCACCAGCUGAGAUUCGUCGUGGUUCCAGACUCUCUGUUUCCGGCAGAUCGGAUGAUGCAGUUGAGAGCGAAGCUGAACAGGAAGUUCACAUUGAGCCUCAACGACGAUAUAAUAAAAUCACCGGUGGUGAAGAGACUAUGAAUGAGACGCAACAAACUCGACCUCAUGCCCUUCAUCGCACCAGUGAAGGCGACUAUAUCGAAGAGCAUGGCUAUACUGUCCCAAUUCUUGCCGAAGAUGAAGUUGCCAAAGCUGUUGGGAUCGAACACCUUCAGCCAGCAGUGUCUCCCAAAGCAGAACGCCACGAGGGCUAUCGUAGUGGUGAUGCCACUCCCGGCUCCCGCCCAUCCAGCAGACCGACGAGUGUGUAUGGACUAUCCGGAGCUUCGUCCUCUUUGCAACGCUUUAUCUCGCACCAUGAUGAUCAACAUACUCCUCUGGAAGACGUGGAAGAAUACGAACCACUCUUUCCAGAUGACGAUGGCAAAAAGGCUAUCAGCCAUGCCGAAAGAUUCAAGCAGAGACCGAACAGCCUGAAACAACGUUUCCCCAGUCAAGACAUCUGGGAGGACACUCCAAGCAGUGUGAUGUACUCUGCAGAAGUCUCAACACCAGAUCUGCCUGCCCAGCUCGACGGCCAGGAGCCAUCCAAGACAUUCGAGCUACCUGAGCAGGAAGGUGCACGAAAGGGUGAACCGUCUGAGGCCGAGCGCCAGAAGCUUAUUCCGAAUGAAGAGAGACUCGCCAAAUCUCGCUUCGCUCCCCAUCUUCGAGAUGACAUGCCUACGCGACCAGGACAACUACCUAGAUUCCCAAGUUCGGACAUCUGGGAAGACAGCCCAGACAGCCACCAUCUAGUUGCCACUGUUAACAGUCUCCCUGUCGAUGAUGAGCCAGAGAGCCCUGCAGAUGCUGUUUCCAAGCCCAUGAUUCCUCCCCGACCAGCCAGGAGUCGUCUUGGAGAAGAAGCUUCCUCGGCUCAGGUUGCCCCAAGUAUACCUGCCAGACCUUCAAAGCAGGCUCAUGCUGUACCUUCGGUUAGAGUACCUACCACUGACGCAAGUGGUCAGAAAGCUCCCUCUCCAACAGAAUUGAGAAAAGUUCCCAGUAUUCCUGAUAGGCCGAAGCCUCAAAUUCCAUCAAGGCCAGCUAAAAAGUUGUCUGGAGACUCCCUUACAAAGUCAAUUUCAGGCGAAUCUGCCGGUCCUGCUGAGCAAGAGAAGGUUUCACCUCCAAUCCCGAAAGUCAAACCACAGGUUCCUGCCCGACCAGGCGCUGGCAGCAAAAUCGCAAAUCUACGAGGCAACUUUAUGAACGAUUUAAAUCAGAAACUCGGACUUGGACCACCAAAAGAGAAGGAGAAAGAGCCAGAACAGGCGCCAGAAGAAGUGAAACCAUUGGAAGAUGCUCGCAAAGGCAGGGCUAGAGGUCCUCAAAGAAGAGCCCCGGCUAAAUCGCCAGCAGCAUCAGGUCCUCCCACCCUCAAUUUCUCCAUGUUCAAACCUCAUGCUUUAUGGACGAUUGAUGACACAGAUGAAGUGAACAUUAUCUCGCAGGCUGCUAAGAAGGCUGAGGAGCCCUCAAAUCUGGGAGCCGCACCACUCUCAAGUACGCUUUCGAAUGAGAAAGCCGAACAAAUCGAGAACUCGACUGUGGCUGAUGCACCCCUUCCACCUACGAUAGAUACAACGGAUCACGCUCCAGUACCAAAAGAAGAAACUGAAAAGGAUGCACCUUCCCAAGAGUCGCGAACAGAAUUUGCUUCUGAAAUUGCGAAGCAUACUGAAGGUGAUUUGGCCGAGCCUACUCUGGGUACUCCAACGCAAGAGAUUGCGAAUCCAUUGAGUCACACUGUAUCUGAUGAGGAUUUUGGACUGUCAAAAGAAACCACCGCCAGUAGUGAUGAAGCCUCCGGUCCACCACUUGAAAGAGAAGAUCCAGACCCAAAUACCGACGCCAUUCCAGUGAGCAAACAAACUACUGCAAGCACCGAUGCAGGGACUGUCCCCCUCGAACAGACUCUGACUCGUGAACCUUCGGCGUUGGAAGAGCCUCGUACUAACACCCUUACGGAAGGUGAGCCCGGCAAGGCAAGUGCCGAACAGGUAUAA